AUGCUGCGCUCCUCGAUUGCUCCGGGUCGGCAAUUGCUGUCGAACCCUGUUCGCCAACGCAUCCCUUCACAAUGGCUGUCCAGAGCCGGUGCAAGCAACCGGCUCGCAGGUCAGCGAUUCUUCGCUGAUUCUAAACCCCCUACCACUGGUGGUCCAACACCAGCUGCCCCCUCCUCCGAAUCCAGUGUCCCCCCCGAGACCAUCUCGAAGGCCGCCGGAACAGGUGCCAAGCUUCCUCCUCCACCUCCCGCGCCAGCUCCUCGCAAAUCCGGUCGUUUCCGCCGUUUUUUGAUCUACCUGAUCCUCACUUCCGGCUUUGCCUAUGGUGGCAGCAUCUUCCUUGCCCUUAAGUCCGACAAUUUCCACGACUUCUUCACCGAAUAUGUUCCCUACGGAGAAGAAUGUGUCCUUUACUUUGAGGAGCGCGACUUCUACCGCCGUUUCCCCAAUGCCUUGAGGAACCCGCACCGUCUCCCUGCUAUCCCUAGUGAGGAGGGAAAGCCCGUCACAAUUCCCAGCAAAAAUGGUCUGUCUUGGAAGGUUGCCGAGGAGGAGAAGGCCGAUGAUUCGAAGAAGGCAGCUUACAUGAGUGCCGAGGACCAAAACAAACCCGCGACAUCCAAGCCUAAGGACCAGAAAGUUUCUGUCCAGAGGGCUAAAGAAGACAACGCCUCUAAGCAAAGCGCGAAAAAAUCCAAGCCCGAAUCUGAGAAGGCCGUGUCUCUGGAGGCGCCUAGAGAACCCGCUGUUUCUACAAGCACCAUUGAGUUGCUCCAGCUGCGGGAUGCUGAUGACUCCGUUGUCCAGGAUCUGGUCAAGACCUUCAACGACAUCGUUACUGUCAUCAGUGCCGAUGAAAAUGCCAGCAAAUACUCUGCGACUGUCGCCAAGGCGAAGGGCGAACUGGAGAAGAUUAGUGAGAAGAUCGCUGCUAUUCGCAACGAUGCUCAAAACUCCGCCCAGGCCGAAAUCAACAAGCUUCAUGCCACCUUCGAUGAGUCGGCUCGGGAAUUGAUGCGCCAAUUUGACGAAGUGCGCUCCAGCGAUAUUACCUCGUUCCGCGAAGAAUUCGAGGGCGAGCGCGAGAAGCUCACUCGGGCAUAUCAGCAAAAGCUCGAGACUGAGCUCCGCCAUGCCCAGGAGCUGGCUGAGCAGCGUCUUCAGAACGAGCUCGUUGAGCAGGCCAUUGAGUUGGACCGCAAGUACAUUCACCAGGUCGAGAGUCUGGUGGAGCGUGAGCGCGAGGGCCGCCUGAGCAAGUUGACCGAGCUUACAGCCGACAUCAAGGAGCUCGAGAAGCUCACUGCCGGAUGGAGCGACGUCAUCGACACCAACCUCAAGACUCAGCAGCUGCAGGUCGCUUUGGAUGCCGUCCGCACUGUGGUUGAGCGUGCUGACACUCCUCGGCCGUUCGUCCGUGAGCUUGUGGCCGUGAAGGAGCUUGCCGCUGGCGACGCCGUCGUUGAGGCUGCCAUCGCCUCCAUUAACCCCACCGCUUACCAGCGCGGAAUUCCCUCUACCACUCAGAUCUUCGAGCGUUUCCGCAGAGUUGCAGCGGAGGUUCGCAAGGCCAGCCUGCUACCCGAAGAUGCCGGUGUGGCCAGCCAUGCGGCCAGUCUUGUCCUAAGCAAGGUUAUGUUCAAGAAGGAUGCUCUCUCCGAGGGUGACGACGUGGAAAGCGUUCUGGUGCGGACUGAGAGCUUAUUGCAGAUGGGUGAUAUUGACGCCGCUGCUCGGGAGAUGAACUCCCUCCAAGGCUGGGCCAAGAUUCUCAGCAAGGACUGGCUGAGUGACGUUCGCAGGGUUCUUGAAGUCAGACAGGCUCUCGAGCUAACGAAUAUUCUCCACCAGGUUAUCGAGGCCGAAGCCCGCCUUCAGUGCUUGCGGGUUGAAUAA